UUAGGAUCUUUGGAAGAUACAACAAGCACAUCAGAGGGUAGAGAUAGCGAUACACCCCAGCUUACUACUGAUAUCAAGUCUUCUUCAAGAAAUGACACUAGGGACCCUCCUGAGCUUAAUAAAGUUCUCCCAUCUUUGGCUGACAUUAAGGCAAUAACCAAACCAUCAAAAGAUGCUGAUCUUCCUGUUGAUAUUUUGUUACUUACAGUUACAAACUGUGAGUUCUUAGCUUGCUACAGUGAGCUAAAAAACCCCUAUAGAUGUUGGUUUGAUAAUCUUGGCUAUGUUUACUUUUCUGAUGUGGGUGAAAGUCAAGAAGAGCUGAAAGUUGCUUUAUUAAGAUGUUACAGAAAUGGUAUUGGUCCUGGCGGUGCUCUUGUGUCUGUAAAGAAUGCUGCUUCUGUGCUUAGACCCAAAGCAGUUAUUUCUGUAGGCACAUGUAGUGGCCUCAACCCUGCAAAAUCCAAGUUAGGAGAUGUUGUUGUAUCUGCCAAAUUAGCAAUGUAUGCAUCAAAGGUAGUGACCAACAAUCAAGAGCAGUCAACUGGCAUGAGGAGUUAUGUGAGCAAACGCUUUCUGGAUGUCAUUAAGAAUUGUGCUGAUGGCUGGCAUGCACCUUUGAAAGACUUGGCUGAAGCACAGCAAGUUCAAGUUUAUACUGAUGCAGAGUUUCUGAGUGGACCAGAACAAGUCAGAGCUGAGUGGCGGCGUGAUCAACUUGCCGAAACCAGUCCUCAGGCAAUGGCAAUAGAAAAUGAAGGAGAAGGUGAGUUCACUUUGUAUUCAGCCAGCGUUAGCAAGUUACAGAAAAAACCCGCAACUAAGAACCUGCUUUUUCCCAAGUUAGCCUAAAUAGGUUCUUACAUAAAUGGUAAUUAUAGGGACAAAUUUCGGCUAUUUAGGUUCUUAAAUAGGUUCUUAUUUUCUGAAGGAAAAACGAAUUGUAGCUAAGAGUAUUUAUUUUAGGGGUGUUCAGCUUAUUCUUUGCAGAAAAUCUGCAUACGAAUACAUCCCAGUAGACACAUGUCUCCAAAGGGGAUCCUGAAUGUUGACUUAUCCUGUUUGUCCAAGUGUACAAAAAAUUUUUAAAAAAAUUUUGAAAAUUAGAACCUGUUUUAAAUUUUAGGCUGAACAGGUUCUUGUAUAGAGAAGGCCUAAGUGGCAAAUUUUAGCCCAACAGGUUCUUAAAAACCAGGUUCUUAGUCAAGGGUUUUUACUGUACAUGUAUGUAGUCAGGUCUCUUUUAAAGCUCUGUAGAUGUGUAUGUUGCUGUUUACUUCGGUGGAGCGCAAAGUAAAGGAUUCACAACACUCAAGAAUGUAUCAAAGUUGACUUUUUUUGACAAGAUUGGGCACGCAAAGUCUGUAGGUUUUCAGUUUUAUUCAGCUGUUUGACGAAGUGAGUGCCAAAUUAGUUCAAGAUCUCUCGAGAUCACUUUGAUUUCUUUGAUUUAUUCUUUAACAUUUUUGAGGAAGAAAGAAUUAUUAUUUCGGCUUUCCCGGAGUUUGAACUGACUCACCUGUGUGUCCCGUCAGAUCAGAGGAGACUCUAAGUUGAGGGGUUAGCCAAUUGCGCUACUGCGACCCAAGGUAGUUCAGGAUAUGAAAAAUAGUUAUGAAAUGAUGCACUAGUUUCGGGACAAGAUUGGGCAUGCAAGUUCGUGACUUUUCGGCUUGUUUCGGCUAUUUCAUGUACUACUUCAUGAUAUCUUGAGAUCACUUCGAGUUUAGUCUUUAAUUUACUCUAGGAAUAAAUAGAAGAUAUUACGUGGUCACGCAGAGACAUGAAAUUUCUCUUCAAGUGUUGAAAAACAUUUCAUGAGUGAGCCCUCUUUUUGAACUGUUCUGUGAUGAAUUUAAAGUUACAAAAUGCUGCACAAAGACAUUUUGUCUUUGUUGAGUGUUACGUAGUAAAAUUGUUUUCAUGCGUUGCGUGACUUUCUCGAACGUUCUCUACGUUUUUGGAUUAUUCAUGAAUAAUUAAUUAGCACAUGUUUACAUUUCAGCAUGAGUCAGCAGAUUUGCAUCAGUUACUGAAAUCAUAAAAUAUGUCAAAAAGCUACUACUAUUCGCCUGUUUAGUAUUUUCUAAAACCUUAUGUCAAACGGUAUACAAGUUCCAAGCGAGUUCUUUUGACGAACUAAGUUUUUUCCCACGAGCUGGACUGCUGUGUUUAGUCAAGUGUGAUGAAGGUCGAUUUUCAAGUUCUGUGUUUACAAGUUGGUGGAAGCCAUAAGAUAUCUGAAGUUCAAGUGAGAGUUUGUUAUUAUUGGCAGAGCCUGUUUAGUUUAAAUUAAGUUCAAGUCAAGUUUGUCUUGGCAAAUGCUGUGUUUUAAAGCUCUGUAAAGGCUCUUUUCCUUUGGUACUAAACUUCCUUGUGUUAAUCUGACAUCCCUGCUUGCUGAUAGUCAGUGAAUAAUUAUCCUCAAAACAUUUGAACAUGUAACACUGAGUUUUAGCCAAUUCCAUGCUCAACGUAAUUGACUCCUUACCCAUGCCUUACAUAAUUAUCUUUAAUUAGUACAUGAGACUGCUGUGCUGUUUUUGAAGCCUGAUGUGACUAAGAAAAAUAGAGAAUUCUUUUUUCACUGUUUGUUUGGUUAGACUUGUUAUUCACCGCCAGCAACCUAAUAUUUGACUGAGGUCUAAACGUUUAGAACCAAGUCAAAUUUAGGAGUAUUUGUAUGGAGUCAUCUGAGCAUAACUGGGCUAAUUUCUCAGCAACAAUUUGUCCUGAAAUGCUAGUUUUUGGCAAGUAGGCCUCUUGGAUGUUGCUCUUUUGAGAAUAUCCUAACAAAUCCCAUAAUUUCACAAAUUAACACCUCACUCUUACCAGAUUUCAUUUCUUACUAUUCCACCGCAUUUACAGUUAAUCAACCACGACGCCGAAGUGUAUGCUCCGUAGCGUCUUGUUAAUUCAGUGUUUAUUUUAAGGCAUUAUUCAAUUGUUUGCUUGUUUGAUUUUAAUAAUUUUAAUUUUAAUUUUAAUUUGCUGUAAAGAUGUUCGUGCUCCCAAUGUGUGGGUCUUCAUUGUCAGUUGUUAGAGCUUUUUUGUCAUGCUAAUGCAGAGGCCAUGCGUUCAAAUUCCCUCUUAUACCUCCCUGGCUGCCUUUUUUUUCAGGUUAAUUUGCAUUUGCUUAGAUUGCUGUUAUAUUGACAUUGAUAAUAUCUGCAAAUUAAACCCAGGGACUGCGGAGGUGAGGGGCUGGUAGGGCCGCGGCCCCACCACUCUUUUGCGCCCCCGCCCCCACUUUUUACGCUAAAAAGAAAAAUAAAUAAAAUAAAAAAAAGACGUGAAACAAGUUUUUUUUCCGUCUAUAUUCCGCUAUAUUCUCUGUAUUUUCUUUAAUUUCAAAUGCCAGGCAUUUUGUGGGGCUCCUGUGCUUGCCCCUUGAUCAAAUGCCAUGGCCACCCCUUCGCUUCGUUCGGCAGCGUGUUUUGUACUUCCAGCUCUGGCAGAGUUUUUUUUAUCAGUUUUAUCAGACGAAAUGAAGAAAAUUACUUAAGCUUUUUCAAGCCAAAUGAAACUGAGUAGUUGUUUUGAGUUGAUAAAAGUUUUAUAUUUUGUCUUUCUCCUUUCGAAUCAAUGAAAUAUUCGAUGGCAAGAAGAAUUACAUUACUUGAACAGUGAACGCCCAAACGGCCAUAGUUAGAAAUUUUUCAGAUCACUUCAGUGUAGUAUUUUCUAUACUAAAAUUGUAAUCGCGUCUUUUCUUGCAUUGAAUCUGAACUGACCGUGUAUGUUGGUCGUUUAUUGAAAAAUUAUUUUCAAUUGUCAGCCCUCCCACUUUUCACCUUGCUCCGCGGUCCCUGAAACCGAUUGACAAAACAUAAAUGUAGGUGUAGAGAAGGUGCCUGGUGAAACUGAAGGGAACCCCAAGCAAACCUGGAAGGUAACUGUGACAACCCUGUGAGUGGCACCCUUCAGGCACCACCACACUGAGACCUUCAGUGGAGAAAUGCUCAUAAUACUUACCAAAAAACAUCCAAAGGGAAGGGAAGGCUGGGAGCAAAAACGGAGCUAAAGCUACUGCAUGCGAAAGCAACAUGUGCAAAAUGAAAUCUUGACUUAGGGAAAGUACUGUAAAAUAUGCUAAAGCCCAAGACCGCCCCAUAUACAUAUUAGUAAUGGCGACUGCUGGCCAGCAUUGUCUCAUGUUUAGCCUCGCCUAAAUUACAUUUAGCCACAUUUAAACCCAUUGACAAUAGGUGGGUGUGGGGAAAGUGCAUGGUGAAAUGGAAGGCAGCCAUAAGCGAGCCUUGGACAUAUCAGUGUAUUCAUGACAACCCUGGGAGUGGCACCCACCCAAACCAGACUACAGAUGCUUGAAGAAAAAAACAGGGACCACAAACAGUGGAGUCACAGGACCUGGUUUCCCCAAGGGCAUUAACCACCAACCCUAAACUCGCUCGCAAUAAAAGCUGAAGAACUCACCACUGAAGAUGAAUAGACAUCCUAAUACCUGCCUGAAGCAUGUCCGCUAGAGCAAUUCAGGUGCAAGCUGUCCAUAACUGCAAUCCAAACGAACACAACUGGGAAGGAGGCUGUAAAUAUUUCCACAGUUCACACCUUCCUCACUUUUCAUCCAUCUUCCAACUCCAGUUAGCUUUUAAAUAUUUUUCAUGUAAUAUAUCAAACAUGAGAUGCAGUGUUUCAUCACCAGAUGAAACACCGAGAAGAGAGUUGAAAAUACGACGCGCAGCGGAGUAUUUUUGACGAACUUCGAGGUGUUUCAUCUGGUGAUGAAACACUGUGUCGAAUGUUUGAUAUUUCUUCUCAAACAAAAUCAUUUUUGAAGGAGAAAUUAAGGAUGCAAAUACUAAGCAGUGUUUCAUCCGAUUUCCAAACACUCAUUAAACAUUAAUUUCCUUUGUAUUUUCUUAAUGAAUUAUUAAUGAGUUUGAGAAAUUUAUGGAAAGUUUGACUUGCAAAAUAAUGUUAACUACUGUAUAUUGAUGUAGGACUGUCUUCAACUCAAGUGCCAUUUUCUUUGUUGUUCUAUAGGAGUGUUUACAGCAGCAUUUGACUGUCAAAUUGAGUGGUUAAUUGUGAAAGGGAUAGCUGAUUAUGCAGAUGGUUCUCAGUUGCCUUCAGCGAGUUGGUCUUCCUGUGCCAGUGUGAUGGCAGCAUCUCUUGUUGCACACAUUUUGAGUGAGCCCUGUGUUUUUCAUUCAUGGCCUCAUUACCAAGGUAAAUAUUUCUCAUAAUGUUAUGUUUUUUUUUGGCGUGUUGUUUUACAGAAACUAGUGGUAUAUUAGAAUGUACUUCCUUGAUGCCAUAGUAAGCUCUGUGGCAUUAAGCUCCCUUGUCAUUUUAAACCAAAAAGAGGUUGAAGUACAGUCAUGUAACUGAACAAAAAAGUUGUGGAUUUUGUGUGAAAUAGGGUAUAGAUUAGAAGAAGCUUCUUAGGUUUAGCAACCACCACCAAGUGUUCUAAGCUGAUGAGUUUGUUUUUUCCAGCAGUCGUAUUGAGCUGACCACAAAGCUAUAUUUGUUUUUUAGUGUUAAAACUACACUAGUAUUGAUAUUAUGCAGUUUUAGUGAUGUUAUUAGUAGCAGUUAUUUCUAGUAGAUUUCUUGAAUGUAAGUGAGAGUAACUGAACAAAAACAGUUGUGGAUUUUGUUGUGAAAUAAGGUAUAGAUUAGAAGAACUUUUUUACGUUUAACAACCACCACCAAGUGUUCUCUGAUGAGUCUGUUUUUCUUUUGUUUUUUUUUUCAGCAGUCGUAUUGAGCUGACCACAUAGCUAUAUUUCUUUUUUUAAGGGUGCUUUCGAUUGGGAAAUCUGGAUUUAGAUCUUAAAAUCCGGAUUUUGGAUUUGAGAUAUCUGUUUUUGGACUUCCUUUGUACCGUUCGAUUAGGAAAUCCGAAAAAGGAUUUGACAAACUGUCCUUAAGAACAGUGGUCUUGCACGUGCAUGCAUAAUUAGCAAAAAGAAGACCGAUGUUCAUGAGAAUAGUUUUGCAAAUCUUUUUUCGGAUUUCCCAGUCGAACAGUAAAAAGGAAACCCAUGAAAUCCAGAUUCACCCUGAGGACAGAGUUCUCAGAGAUUAAAUCCGUUUUCGGAUUUCGCGUUUGAUUGCAAAAUCCGAAGUCCGGAUUUCAAAAUCUAAAUCCGGAUUUCCCAAUCAAAUGUACCGUAAGUGUUAAAACUACACUUGUCUUGAUAUGCACUUCUAGGUUAUAAGUAGCAGUUAUUUCUAGUAGAUUUCUUGAAUGUAAGUGAGAGAUCUCUUUUUGUUGAAGAUAUAUCAGAGCAGACCUCAGCCAGCAGAUCAAAGGAACAGUUACCAAGUCCUUCAGGUACCAAUUUAUGGCUCCAGUCCACACGAAUCCAAAUAUUUUUUGAAACCACAUAUUUUUUUACAUGAAUAGGCCACGGAUGACUGAGCGGAUUGACUGGUUCAGUGUUGAGGGAAGGCUGUUUUGUGAUAAAGAAAAUGUUCAGUUUCAGAAAUAUCCAGAUUCGUGUGGACGGGGCCUUAAUGUUUAAUGCUACAUGUACAUUGUACAUGUGCAAUCCAACAUGUUACGAGUUUAAGAUACAUUUUCCGUUUAUUUUCCCUUCCUCUUGUUGUUUUUCUCUUGUUUCUUCUCUUUUUUCUCUUGUUGUUGGUUAUGGUUUUUUUGUUUGUUUUUUCUUAUCAUGGUUUAUGUUUUUGGAACUGUCAUAUCACAGGUGUCGUGUACAUUAGCUUAUGAUUGGGCAAAAUUAUUUUGUACUUGGGGGUGGGGGGGGCACUUAGGCACUUAUUUGAAGACGGGUGCUAAUUCGAACAUUUACAGUACAUGUGUUCCAUUUAAUUGAAUAAAGACCCUCUUCCCUCUCCUCUAUUAAGUUCUUUUGUCUAAUUAUCUACUACUUGCACUCUGUUCCUUAGCUUAUUUGUUAAAUUAGUAAGGUUUUCCCACCCUUAGUCUGAGCAACGAAUUUACAGUACAAAAGGACAACAACAACACCGAACAACACAGCUUCCAAAGUCAAAGAGCGAGUUAAAAUAAUCAUGACAUUUUGAUUUUUGAUUACUGAAUAAGAAGGGGAGGCCAGUACAAUGUAAACUAACUGUAGUAUAAAAGUUUUGAAAUCUAUAAUUAUCUCAAAAAUUGAUCAACAUGUCAGCCUCGCGACAGAAGGUACUUUAAAAAACCAGUGGUGUAAGACUUGGUAAUAAACUUAACGCAUAAAGAUACCUUGCUCCAGUGUUAACCUGAGAUCAGGCUCUAUUUUUAUUUCACGCCUAGAUGUAAAUGGCCGUAAUAGAAUUACUACCAUUAUCAGUGCUACCACAAAACUUGUAUAAUUAACUUUCUACUGCUGAAUGCGUUUGAGAGGAUUUAAUUGUAAAGAGAUUUACUUUUUUUAUAAACAGAUGCUGCAACUACUUUUUUGGAGUGGAGUCAGAAUCAGCUUUGCUCAUUUUACAACAGUACCGCGAGCCAGUUAAUGAUUACUCCUUGGGACCGAAGUAAUACCAUGGACAUUGAUGAGGUGUAUGUACAGUUAACACUGCUAAGAGAUGACAGAAAACUUGCUGGAACAACAAAAGAAAGGCUUCAAGAUUACAGUGAGCUAUUCGCAAGCCAUGGUCAUCAUCUAAUUCCUAAGAGAAUUUUAGUGUAUGGGAGGCCAGGAAUAGGAAAGUCGACAUUGACAAAGAAACUCGCCGUUGACUGGUCACGAGGUAAUAAAGAAAUCCUAAACAAGUUUGCUGUUGUACUUUUAAUCAAGCUCCGAGAUGUUUGCAACACGCAGGACUUCUGUGCCAUGCUGAAAAAGGCAGAACUGUUGUCUGCUGAUAACCCCAUGGUGUUCAGUCAGUUGUGUGAUUACAUUCUCCGUAACCAACAGAAAGUCCUGCUUAUUUUAGACGGUUAUGAUGAAUAUAGCGCCGAAAGAUCAUCGCCAGUCGAUCAGAUUUGGAAAGGCAGUCAAUUGAGAGAUUGUACUCUUCUUGUGACUACCCGACCUCGGAAAAAAGAUGAGUUAAGACCAGGAAGUCAUGCUCAGUUUGAAAUUAAUGGGUUUGAUCAGUGGCAAGUUGAAACAUUUGCUUUUAAGAUUCUUCUCGACCAAACAGAAGUAUUAAAGUUCAUGGAUUUCUUGGGUGAACGCGACCUGUGGGACUUGGCGGAAAUACCUCUUCUGCUGUUAAUGUUGGUUCUAACCUGGGAGGUUUCUGAUUAUCAAGGACCAUCAACAUCCCGCGCAAAUCUGUAUAACAGUUUUUGUCAGACGCUGCUUGAUCACGUGACCGCAAAAGCCUCAGAUGAGAAGUUUAGAAACAUUGAUGAAUACAGAGAACACCUGGCACAGUUAGGGGAACUUGCCUGGCAAGCACUUUUAAAUGACUGUCUUUAUUUCAAGCUCAGCAAUGUGCCUAAGGACAUUCGGUUAUUCCUUGACAAGUUUAUCGAUUUUGGCUUUCUGCAGACUUCUAAUCUUUCAAAAUCUCCUCGUCCUGAGAAACUGGCGUUCUUUCUCCAUAAAUCGGUACAAGAAUUUCUUGCCGCCUCGUUUUUAGUUCGUGAUUUAAAAAAUGCCAAGGAAACCUUCAACUGCUUAUCUAAAGUCGACUCUCUUAAACGGUUCAACGACGUUUUUGAAGUUUUCAGAUUUGUGUCAGAGUUGUCAUCAGUAGCUACCGGUGCUGUUUUAAGCCAUCUAGAGAUGAUAGGAGAAAAAGAAGGUCUGACUGAUUACGACUUCUGUAAAAACCGCCCUAUUGAGGAGCUCACUGAAGAACAAAUAGAGUUGUUUCGUUUU